AUGGGUAAAGAAAAGUCUCAUGUUAAUGUCGUUGUCAUUGGGCAUGUCGAUUCAGGUAAGUCCACUACUACCGGUCAUUUAAUUUUCAAGUGUGGUGGUAUUGAUAAGAGAACUAUUGAAAAGUUCGAAAAGGAAGCUUCCGAAUUAGGUAAGGGAUCUUUCAAGUAUGCCUGGGUUUUGGAUAAGCUUAAGGCUGAAAGAGAAAGAGGUAUUACAAUUGAUAUUGCCUUGUGGAAGUUCGAAACUCCAAAGUACCAUGUUACUGUUAUUGAUGCUCCGGGUCACAGAGAUUUCAUCAAGAACAUGAUCACUGGUACCUCUCAAGCUGAUUGUGCUAUUUUGAUUAUUGCUGGUGGUGUCGGUGAAUUCGAAGCCGGUAUCUCCAAGGAUGGUCAAACCAGAGAGCACGCAUUGUUGGCCUACACCUUAGGUGUUAGACAGUUGAUUGUUGCUGUCAACAAGAUGGAUUCUGUCAAGUGGGAUAAGACCAGAUUUGAAGAAAUUGUUAAGGAAGCUUCCAACUUCAUCAAGAAGGUUGGUUACAAUCCCAAGUCCGUUCCAUUUGUCCCUAUCUCUGGUUGGAAUGGUGACAAUAUGAUUGAACCAUCCACUAAUUGUCCAUGGUACAAGGGUUGGGAAAAGGAGACCAAGGCUGGUAAGUCCUCUGGUAAGACUUUAUUGGAAGCUAUUGAUGCCAUUGAACCACCUGUUAGACCAACUGACAAGCCAUUGAGAUUACCAUUACAAGAUGUUUACAAGAUUGGUGGUAUUGGAACUGUGCCUGUUGGUAGAGUUGAAACCGGUAUCAUCAAGGCCGGUAUGGUUGUUACUUUUGCCCCAGCUGGUGUCACCACUGAAGUUAAGUCCGUUGAAAUGCAUCACGAACAAUUAACAGAAGGUGUUCCUGGUGACAACGUUGGUUUUAACGUUAAGAAUGUUUCCGUUAAGGAAAUUAGAAGAGGUAACGUUUGUGGUGACUCCAAAAGCGAUCCACCAAAGGGAGCAGCUUCUUUCAAUGCCCAAGUCAUUGUAUUGAACCACCCGGGCCAAAUUUCUGCUGGUUAUUCUCCAGUUUUGGAUUGUCAUACUGCGCAUAUUGCCUGUAGAUUCGAUCACUUAAUUGAAAAGAUUGACAGAAGAACUGGUAAGAAGAUGGAAGACGAACCUAAGUUCGUCAAGUCUGGUGAUGCUGCCAUUGUCAAGAUGAUUCCAUCUAAGCCAAUGUGUGUCGAAGCCUUUGUUGAUUACCCACCAUUGGGAAGAUUCGCCGUUAGGGAUAUGAGACAGACUGUCGCUGUCGGUGUUAUCAAGUCUGUAGACAAGUCAGACAAGGCUGGUAAAGUCACUAAGGCUGCUCAAAAGGCUGCUAAGAAAUAA